AUGGUCUGUCUAAUCAGGGAGGCACAUGUUCCCUCAACAGUGACCAGCAAGUUUUCUCCAAGACACCAGAGGUCCACGAAAGAGAGCGUCCGACCAGACAGACAGAUGAAGCUGAACGACAGUAACAAACUGGUGCAGGAUGAGGGGAAACACACAGAGGUAGAAGAAGAAGACGAGGAUGAAGAGAAGAGGGAGAUGGGACACAGUGACGUUGUGACUCGGCCACAGAAAUGUUAUUAUGGUCUGUAUAAUCAAGGAUCCACAUGUUACCUCAACAGCAUCUUGCAAGUUCUCUUCAUGACACCAGAGGUCCACAACAGGUUGGAUCCAGAAAUACAAACAGAUCUUCAGCUGAGAAAUAUCUUUGAAGGCUUGAAGAUGAAAACAUGUGGAACAGAAACCAUCACAAAAACAUUGGGGAUUGCAGAUGUUUAUCAACAGUGUGAUGCUGCUGAAUGCCUGGAGUGGAUUUUAGAUAAGGUCAGCCCUCAAGUCUCUGAGGUUUUUGAAGGAGCGCUGACCUACAAAACAACAUGCACAACAGAAGUGCACAUUAUUAACGAAGAGACAAAUGCAUUUUGGAGUCUUCAGCUGUCACUAAGAGAUACUGAUGAUUCAACCUACAGUGCGGAAAAAGGCUUUCAAAGGAUUUUUGACUCUAAAUCAUUCAGUGGAGGCAAUAAGGUGUUCUGCAACGAAUGUAAAAAGGAAACGGAGGCGACCAGGGAAUGUGAGAUGGUGAAAUUUCCUCAGACUCUGAUUCUACUCCUCAAGAGAUUUGAUAUUGACUACAACACCAUGUCACAUAUCAAAUCAGACCGCUCUGUGGAUGUGCCACCUUCAUUACAAAUAAAGAACAAGACGUACAAACUGAAUGGGAUGGUGAAUCACGUGGGUCAGCUAAGAUUUGGACAUUACACAGCCAUCAUCCUGUCCAAUGAGGAUAACACCUGGUACGAGUUUAAUGACACUAACGUAAAAAAGGCUGAAGGACAACCAUUUGCAAAAAAGACUUACAGUUCCCAGACUGCAUAUCUGCUCGUGUACAGAGCCUUAUAGAGUCUCAGAGGCCCGUAAAACCAAUUCAGAAGUUCUGACAGACAAGACAAAGGAACAAAAGGUUAAAUCAGGUAAUCUGAAGGAACAGGUGGAGAUGAGGUAGAACAUAAAAUAAAUGACAGUGAUGACAGAUAACUGAAAACUGGUGGGGGGGAGGGUGAUGGAGCAGUGGAUAAGACACAUGCCCUUGAUGUGAGAGACCUGGGUUCGAAUCCACCGUGAGACACCAAUGGUGUCCCUGAGCAAGACACUUAACUCCUAGUUGCUUCAGAGGCGUGCGACCUCUGACAUGUAUAGCAAUAGCAUGUAAUGUAAUGUAAAGGGUCAACCACAAAGACAGAGAAACUUCUGCUGCACACACCUCCAGAAAUUCAGAUCCUGCCUCAUCCUUAUGCAUUUCAGUUAUUGCAAUGUUACAUGUAUCACAGUUGUGCAAGUAGCAUAACAGGUAAACAAGAGACAGGACAAUAAAUGCCUAGCUGGAGCAAUUCAAUAACCUUGCACAAAAUUAAAAAGGCACAAGGCUUUCCACAAAACACUAGGAAUGGGCUGCUGCACAUAUGAGAAAGACUGACUAGCACCUAGACAAGGAAACAUACAGACUACAUACGUAUUACAAACAUACAUUACAUAUUGUCUGACAAGCUGGGCACAGGCUAACAAAUGCACAAUGAAGCCACUCGAAACUCUUUAUAAACGAAGAAGUGCUUUUAGUCAUUCAGCGUUCUCUGUAACAGAAUCUAAACAAUGGAAUCUAUUGCCAAUGCUGAUAAGAGAAGCAAAUACUUAUCGUUCUUUUACUGGUCAGCUAAUGAAGUGGCUAAUUAAUCAAAUAUGUGCACAUUAGACUACCUACUGCCCACUGAGUUGCUUGCUUGCAGAUUGUCUUUGUCAGUUUUUUUUCUUUUCUUGUUAUGGUUUGUCUAAUAUGUUGUUUGUUACUUAUUUUUGUGUGUUGUAGCUGUCUGACUAUUAUUCUGUAUGUAUUGUUAUUACGUGCAGACUGUAAUAAGUCAUUUUAUGUCAUUUUAAAUCUUUAUUUUAGGUUGACCUUUUAAUAACUGGCCAGGGACAACAGAUUAUUUACAGAAAAUUAGCCUAUUGAGCAAACUCAGGCUCAUUUACAGUUAUUUUACUUUUAAUUAAUGAGCACUGUCCCAGUCAAAUAAACAAAUAAGGGGGAGAUAAGGAGGGACAGGUAAAACCAGUGCUCGGCAGACAAUCAAACAAGGCAGAAAACACACAAACACAGGAAGUGAAGCAGCACAAGACACAUGAAGAAAGACUCUUACAACAUAAAACAGGAAAUAAGUUAACUAAAUCAAUAACAAGAGGUGUAAGCCCUAUGUCUGAAAAAAAAAAAAAUUCUCACUUACUUUCCCACAAGAUGAGAAUUCUCUGAAACCUUGCAGAACUUCAGCAUCCAACAUCCAGAAAGGCCCUUAUUUUUAUUUAUGGAUUUGUUGGAUUUAUUGUUUGUGCAUUUGUUUGUGCUGCUCACCUACAACCCCACCUUACUCUUCUCCUGUGUUGUUGCAAAGUUUCUGAACGACGGAGACAAAGAGCGUAACCAUAACUACCUCCUGCUGUUCUGCUGACAGAGAUUACUCUGACCAUAGUUAAAUCACAUGGUCAACCUAUAUGGUUGUUUAAUUCUGUGAAUUUGAAAUAAAAACACAAUUUACAAAGCAAUGUGUUAUAUAUAAUAUAAUAUGAUUUACUAUGAAAGCACACUGUAGUCACCACAGAAAACAACAUGAUGACUUUUGUAAUAAAUACACAUAAGAAACAUUAACAACACGUUUCACUCUUCUCUACCUGCCUUAUUUUUUAUGGACAUUUUUUUUCAUCCAGGGAAUCUGUUAAAGAGACCACAGAUUACAGAAGAUUACUGUUUGUUUUGAAAUAGGUGUUGAUGAAAGAUGACUGUGUUUACAUGUACAGUAUCUAUGUAUUUUUACCACAGUUGUGAUUGAGCAUUUGCAGAAACUCAGCAGCUGAGUCACAGUGAAUAAUAAAAUGGCCUAUGGAAGGACAGAAUAAUUACAUGGAACAUACACCUGUCAGCCAUAACACUGUGACCACUAAGAGGUGAAGUGAAUAACAAUUAUUAUGUCGUUACCAUGGCACCUGUCAGGGAAUCAGAAUCAGAAUCAGAAAUUUAUAGCCAAGUAGCAUUUUACAUGUACGAGGAAUUUGCUUUGGUGAUAAGGUGCUACACGUAGACAAACAUACAGUUGACAUAAAUAAAUGUAGAAAUAAAUAAAAAUGGAAUAACAGAUGCAAGUUAUAUGAGAAUGAUAAUAGAAUAGAGAAAAAUAAUACAGCUAUUUGCAGACAAAGAACAACAUGGCAGAUAUUUAUGUGCAUUUGUGUUGUGCAUACGUAUUGCAACGGAAGAGGAUAGAGUGUGCAUAAACAUAUAAAUUAACAAAAUAUAGAAUAACAACAAUUAACAACAAAUAUGUGCAAUGUGCCAGGUUUGUGCAUGAUUUUAAAUGAAAUGAAAUAAUAUUUACACAUGGGUGUCAGUGGGUUGGACAUAUUAGCCAACAAGUGAACAUUUUGUCCAGGGAAGGAACAGCGGUGAAUGGGUGACUGUGACUGGGUCUUGGGCGGUUAAGGCCAAGGUCCCAUCCAACAGAUGAGCUACUGUAGGUCAGAUUACUGAAAAAGUUAAUUCUGGUUCUGAUAGAAAGGUGUCAGAACACACAGUUCGCAGGUUAUUGCGUACGGGGCUACGUGGCCGCAGACCAUUCAGGGUGCCCGUGCUGACCCCUGUCCACUGCCGAAAGUUGCUACAAUGGGCACGUGAGCAUCAGAACUUGAACAGGAAGCAAUGGAAGAAGUUGGCCUAGUCUGAUGAAUCAUGCUUCUUUUACUUCACACGGAUGGCUACGUGCGGAUGUGUCGCUUCCCUGGGGAACACAUCACACCAGGAUGCACUAUGGGCAGAAGGCAAGACGUCGGAGGCAGUGUGAUGCUUUGGUUGAUGUUACUUUGACACGUACGUAGCCCCCACUUCAUCAUUAUCAUCAACAAUCACUCAAAGGUGCACCUGGGGGGUCCUUAUUGUGGGUCUUCAAAAGGCUGAACAGGCCAAUGCUGGAAUAGUUAUAUAAUAGUUAUGGAAACUUUCUUGCAGUGUGAGUGUUUAUGUAAGGAGCUGGAAGUGGAAGAGGAAGUGAGUUUUGGUGGAGACUUUCUCCUGUCUUUGCUGCUAUGAGUCUGGCAGCCUGUCGAAGAUUGUCUUCAUGGAAAGUGGCUCCUUUAUGUAAAAUGUUUCUUGCUCCUUGUAUUUCUCUUGUAACUGUCUGACUGUGAAGAUCAUGCUGGUUGUGCCAUGUGUAGGACAAAAACCACACUGAGUGUCCUGAAGAGAAGGUGGGCAACAAUCUUCCAAGUUGUUGACAGUAGUGAGAUGCCCCUGUUGUUUCCACACUCUGUCUCCUCGUUUUUAGGAUAUUUUAUUUGUCCUUUGACCAGAGGGGUUGGAUCUGCAGUUAAAAUAGACUGAGUCUGAUCGAUUCAGUAAGGAGCUGGCUAGCUAACUGUUAGCAACAGAUAGCUGUGGUAACAGUAGGCAAAGCUAAAAACAGGUUGUAUUGAUAGAAACUUUCCUGUUACCAUCAGUUAUGCAACACAAACGUGAAUUUUGUGUAAGAGUCAUAAUAUAUACACUAUUUUGUACAUUAGGUCUUCCACAAUGACAGAAUUGUUGUGUCUGAAGAGGACUGCACUCUGUUUCAGCCAUUGCCUCAUCUAUGUUUUGUAGAUUGACCAGGUGUGUAAUGUGGACACAGAAGUCCUGUCAGAGAACAACAAAGCCCUGUUCAAUAAAAAUAUCUUAUCAUGUUGAUAACUGA